AUGAUGGAGACAUUUGAGAAGCCCCUCAGCAGCAACUAUGAAAAUAGUGGCCAACCAUUAUACAAUGCAGAAGAUAUGAGGAAGUUUUCCGAGAUUCAUGCGCCAGGCUUGUUUGAUGUCCUCCUCAGUUCAAUUCUUAGAGAUGGCUCCAGGCUGUCAGAAGACUGGAAAACACUGCGGGAGCAAAGAACAGUUGCUCGUCUCCAUAUUAUGAAAUAUUUUAGGUAUCUGGCAAGGAAGGAAAUAGAAAACAAUGCUGACCUCUAGUGAGAUCGUGUGGUCAAAAAAAAAUUGCUGUUCAUCUUUGUCUAGAUCCCAGAAGUCAUGUCUCUUGCAAAAAGACCUGGGUCUGUAUAUGCACCAACAUGGCCUUUCAAGAGCUUGCUUGAACAAUGGCCCUAUCUUUGCCUUUUCAGUAGCACCAAGAUCAAUUGAUAGGCACAACAUCAACUUACGGGAGCAGUAUCCAAGCUUG